AUGAUUUUCGUUAUUUCGACCCUUUCUUUCUUUCUUUCUUUCUUUCUUUCUUUCUUUUUUCUUUCUUUCUUUUCCCUUACAUAUGUCUUCUUCAUUCUUUUUUCUUUCUUUCUUUCUUUCUUUCUUUUUUCUUUCCCCUUACAUUUGUCUUCUUCAUUCUUUUUUCUUUCUUUCUUUCUUUCUUUCUUUUCCCUUACAUAUGUCUCCUUCAUUCUUUUUUCUUUCUUUCUUUUCCCUUACAUUUGUCUUCUUCUUUAUUCUUUCUUUCUUUCUUUCUUUCUUUCUUUCUUUCUUUCUUUUUCCCUUACAUUUGUCUUCUUCAUUCUUUCUUUCUUUCUUUCUUUUUUCUUUCUUUCUUUCUUUCUUUCUUUCUUUCUUUUCCCUGACAUUCGUCUUCUUCAUUCUUUCUUUCUUUUUUCUUUCUUUUUCUUUCUUUUCCAUUAUAUGUCUUCUUCAUUCUUUCUUCUUUCUUUCUUUUCCCUUACAUAUGUCUUCUUCAUUCUUUUUCUUUCUUUCUUUCGUUCUUUCUUUCUUUCUUUUUUCUUUCCCCUUACAUUUGUCUUCUUCAUUCUUUUUUCUUUCUUUCUUUCUUUCUUUUUUCUUUCCCCUUACAUUUGUCUUCUUCAUUCUUUUUUCUUUCUUUCUUUCUUUCUGUCUUUCUUUCUUUUCCCUUACAUAUGUCUCCUUCAUUCUUUUUUCUUUCUUUCUUUUCCCUUACAUUUGCCUUCUUCAUUCUUUCUUCCUUCUUUUUUCUUUCUUUUCCCUUACCUAUGUCUUCAUUCUUUCUUUCUUUCUUUUUUCUUUCAUUCUUUUCCCUUCCAUUUCUCUUUUUCAUUCUUUUUUUUCUUUCUUUCUUUCAUUCUUUCUUUCUUUCUUUCUUUCUUUCUUUCUUUUCCCUUACAUAUGUCUCCUUCAUUCUUUUUUCUUUCUUUUUAUUUCCCUUACAUUUGUCUUCUUCAUUCUUCUUUCUUUCUUUCUUUCUUUCUUCUUUCUUUCUUUUCCCUUACAUAUGUCUUCAUUCUUUUUUCUUUCUUUCUUUCUUUCUUUCUUUUUUCUUUCAUUCUUUUCCCUUCCAUUUCUCUUUUUCAUUCUUUUUUCUUUCUUUCUUUCUUUCUUUCUUUCUUUUCCCUUACAUUUGUCUUCUUCUUCAUUCUUUCUUUAUUUCUUUCUUUCUUUCUUUCUUUCUUUCUUUUCCCUGAUAUUCGUCUUCUUCAUUCUUUCUUUCUUUUUUCUUUCUUUUUCUUUCUUUUCCAUUAUAUGUCUUCUUCAUUCUUUCUUCUUUUUUUCUUUUCCCUUACAUUUUUCUUCUUCAUUCUUUUUACUUUCUUUUUUCUUUCUUUCUUUCUUUUCUAUUACAUUUUUCUUCUUCAUUCUUUCUUUCUUUCUUUUCCCUUACAUUUCUCUUCUUCAUUCUUUUUCCCUUCUUUUCCCUUACAGUUGUUUUCUUCAUUCUUCUUUCUUUCUUUCUUUCUUUCUUUCUUUCUUUCUUUUCCCUUCCGUUUGUCUUCUUCAUUUUUUCUUUCCUUUCCCUUACAGUUGUCUUCUUCAUUCACCUUUCUUUCUUUCUUUCUUUCUUUCUUUCUUUCUUUCUUUUCUUUUCCCUCACAUUUGUCUUCUUCAUUCUUUUUCCUUUCUUUCUUUUCCCUUACAUUUGUCUUCUUCAUUCUUUCUUUCUUUCUUUCUUUUUUACUUUCUUUCUUUUCCCUGACAUAUGUCAUCUCCAUUCUUUUUUCUUUCUUUCUUUUCCCUUACAUAUCUCCUCUUCAUUCUGUUUUCUUUCUUUUUUCUUUCCUUCUUUUCCCUUACAUUUGUCUUCUUCAUUCUUCCUUCUUUCUUUCUUCCUUUCUUUCCUUUUUCUUUCUUUCUUUUCUCUUACGUUUGUCUUCUUCAUUCUUUUCUUUCUUUCUUUUCCCUCACAUUUGUCUUCUUCAUUCUUCAUUCUUCCUUCUUUCUUUAUUUAUUUCUUUCUUUCUUUUUUUCUUUCUUUUCCCUUACAUUUGUCUUCUUCAUUCUUUUUUCUUUCUUUCUUUCUUUUUUCUUUCUUUCUUUUCCAUUGCGUUUGUCUUCUUCAUUUUUUUCUUUCUUUUCCCUUACAGUUGUCUUCUUCAUUCUUCUUUCUUUCUUUCUUUCUUUCUUUCUUUCUUUCUUUCUUUUCCCUUACAGUUGUCUUCUUCAUUUAUCUUUCUUUCUUUUUUCUUCCUUUCUUUUCCCUUACAUUUGUCUUCUUCAUUCUUUCUUUCUUUCUUUUUUCUUUCUUUCUUUUCCCUUUCAUAUGUCUUCUUCAUUCUUUUUUCUUUCUUUCUUUUCCCUUACAUAUGUCUUCUCCAUUCUUUUUUCUUUCUUUCUUUUCCCUUACAUAUGUCUUCUUCAUUCUUUUUUCUUUUUUUCUUUUCCCUUACAUUUGUCUUCUUCAUUCUUUCUUUCUCCCUUUCUAUCUUUCUUUCUUUCUUUCUUUCUUUUCCGUUACAUUUGUCUUCUUCAUUCUUUCUCUCUCUCUCUCUCUCUCUCUCUCUUUUUCUUUUUUAUGGACUUACGAUUUUCUUUACCCAUUAUUUAAUCAAGCAUCUAAUCUUGACGUGCUCCACCCCAUUCUGCCCACCGUUCUUUUCGUUGCUCUUUCUAUCCUCACUGAUUAUAAUUCUUGUCUUUGCCUUUUCUCUGUUUGUUUUCCUGGCGGUCUCUCUUUCAAUUUACAACGCCGUUCUUAACUUUUGUGUUUUCUUUCUUCAUGUUCAGUUAUUCUCUUUCCUUCUCCGUUGA